AUGAUCGGGUCGGUUGGCUGGCGAGGGCGCCAGCCACAUUCGUCCAUUCGUGCUCCUAGCCAAGACACCAGCGAGCCUGUCGAGACAACAAUUGAACCGGAUGACUUGCGGGCCAUGAGCCCGCGGAUGACAAGCGAGGAUGUUGAAGCGUUGGAGCGUGAAAUGCAUACUGAACUGCGCCGGCAUGCGAAGGCAUUGCAGGACUCGCUACUCCUCAUCUUUAACCGCGUCGAGGCAGUUAAGCAGGGACAUGAGAAGCUAGACUGCAGCAACAAGUUGCUGCAGAAGUAUAUUGGAGAUUUGACUAGCAAGCGCUAG